CUACUGUCAUUAUCAAUCCUAAGUUUAGAGGCCAGCAAACGCGACGACGGCAGCUUCGGUCUAUCUAUAAACAUUUCUUAAUCCCUAGGGCUCUUGCAAAUCUCGAAAGUAACACAUCAAAAUGAAUUCCGGUGGUAAGCGGCCGGACCCGUCGGGAGCUAAGGAGCCGGAGGUUGCAGCUCGCCCAAGCGCUGCGCCGCCUCCGUGCCCUCGUUGCGAGCUCGUCAAAUCACAAUGCACCAAAACCGUCAUCAACUACCAGAAGUCCCACCGGAAGAAGAUUGAUGCUCUUAGAGCAGAGCUGAAGUCUUCUCGCUCGCAAGUACAGGCGCUUCAGCGUCAGCUGCGGGUCUACAAGACCACCUCGAAAGUAGUGCCAGGCCUAGCGGUACUAGCCACUGCUGGGUGGCUGCUGCUGCGGCUGCUGCGGAGAAGGGGAGGCGGCAAGGGGGAGACGACACAGGAGCCGGAGCAGCAGGGGACAAGCGAAGGCAUGGCCGCCUAAGGCAAUGUAGGCGAAAGUUCCCGGGCGCUGCAUGUUCUACUUCGCCUCGUUUAGUUGCAUUGCCUUCUGUCGCAUCAGGUUGCGGCACCUGGUUCUUGUAGCCGUGCUGUCAUGGCCAUCCUAAUGUGCCCCGUGGGCGGUUCCAUGUGAUGGCGUGUGUGCAAACGUACGCUGUGGCUUUUUGCACGACUGGUGGUCGCUGAGCCUGUAGCCCAUUACCCCGAUCAAGUGCCGUUGUCUGUUAUGCCGCGCGGGGCACUCGCUGUGGACACGUGCUGCCAUGUACGGCAAGCACAUUGCCGCAGCUUAACGUUGACAGCUUCUUGUUGGCGUGUCUUGGUGGUGAACUGGGGCUGGCACCGGGACGCGCUGGAUUGUCUGUAACCCGCCGGGCUGGCACCGGGACGCGCUGGAUUGUCUGUAACCCGCCGGGAUGUUGCCACAUGUUAACCUCACUGGUACUGGGAAGCGGCCCGUAGCUGAAUGAUUGUUGAGCACUACCGGUAAGAAAUGGUAUACGCUGGUAUACCUGGAGGGAGUUGCAGAAUGACGUGUGCAUUCCUGAACAAGCCGGAGGACGGCGCAGUCUAGUGCGCCGGAUUGUGUUUGGAAGGGUUGGUGAUUACCGUACAGAUGCGCGCUCUGGAAAUCCUGGCGCUUGCAGCGGAGUGUGAUGUCGGGGGUUGCGGUCGCCUGCAAGAUGGCCCCGCCGUCAGGGGCACAGCGCAGCAGCCGCACGCAGUGAAGCAUGUGCAGCAGGCGGCCUAGUGUGCAGCUUUGAUGUACGAUAUACCGCCCUGCUGUGGGGAUCUGGGAGGCCAUCAUGUUAUCGGCCAAAGUGAAUGUAUUUAGAGCAGAGCGGGAUGGGGGCAUGUACUGGCAGUCACGAUGCCAGGACACACAUGCAGGUUACGUGUGGCAAGUUAUGACUUAUGAGCAGGAAGGAGAGAGAUUAACAUUCGAGACCAGCCAACUCCGAAGAAGCGCAAACCCCUUCGGAAUGAGGUGAAAUGCGGCCCCCUUUAACAAGUUAUCACCAC